UCCAUAAAUCGGAGACCGACUGGAGUUGUUUAGUUUGUGCUUUCCUGCACCUUCGUUUCAAACGGCUCUUUCUGUCUGCGGGAAUUCCCGCCAGGCUUAAAAAAGUUAACGUCAACCUCUCUCACAAACAUAACCAUAACCUUUUCUUGAUUGGUUUAAUUACCACACACAGCAGUUGCUCUCUAUUCUGAUGGAGGCAUCAAACCCUCGGACCACUUCGUCGGAUUUCUACGCCUAUCACCUCCAAGCAUGCCUAAACAAGAGACACCCAUUUGCCGGAAAAUCCAUCCAUGCCCAGAUCAUCAAGUCAGGGCUUCACCUAGGUGUGUUCUUGAUGAACAAUCUCAUGAACUAUUACAUCAAAACUGGGUCUUAUGUCGAUGCACGCAACGUGUUCGAUGAAAUGCCUGUGAGAAACAAGUUUUCAUGGAACACGAUGCUCUCUGGUUACACAAAGCAGGGAAGGCUCGAUGCAGCUUGGGGAGUUUUUAAUGAAAUGCCUGAACGUGACUCGGUUUCGUGGACUGCGAUGAUCGUGGGGUAUAAUCAGAUGGGGAGAUAUGGUAAUGCGAUUCGGAUGUUCUUGGACAUGGUUUCAGAUGGAGUUCCUGUGACCCAGUUCACUGUUACUAACAUUCUUUCGGCAUGCGCUUCGAUUAAGGGUUUGGAUAUUGGUAGGAAGGUGCAUUCGUUUGUUGUUAAGCUUGCUGUUGGUAGUUAUGUUUCGGUUGGGAACUGCCUUUUAAAUAUGUAUGCGAAAUGUGGUGAUCCGAGGACUGCACAGAUAGUUUUUGAUAGGAUGAGAUUGAAAAAUGUAUCUAGCUGGAAUCAUAUGAUUAUGUUACAUAUGCAAUGUGGUCGUGCAGACCUUGCUCUUGCACAGUUUAAUCAAAUGACGGAGCGCGACAUUGUUUCUUGGAAUUCAAUGAUUGCUGGAUACAACCAGCAUGGGCUCGAUACGGAAGCAGUGGCUAUCUUCUUAAGUAUGGUGAAGGAUUCUUUUCUAAAGCCUGAUAAGUUCACCUUGGCAAGCAUCUUGUCAGCUUGUGCUAACCUUGAGAAGUUGGAACUUGGAAAACAAAUACAUGUUCUUAUUAUAAGAGCUGGAUUGGACACAUCCGAAGCAGUGAUUAAUGCUUUGAUUUCAAUGUAUGCCAAGUCUGGUGGGUUGGAAAUUGCUGAAAAGGUUUUAGAGCAAUGUGGGACUUCAGAUCUCAAUCUUAUAGCUUUUACUGCCUUAUUGGAUGGAUACAUUAAGGUUGGGGAUGUUAACCCAGCGAGACAGAUAUUUGACUCAUUGAGAGAAUGUGAUGUGGUAGCAUGGACAGCUAUGAUUGUCGGUUAUGUGCAGAAUGGGUUGAAUAAUGAUGCUUUGGAGCUCUUUAGGUCAAUGAUAGCAGGAGGCCCCAGGCCCAACAACUACACCUUAGCAGCUAUGUUAAGUGUCAGUUCAAGCUUGGCUUCUUUGGAUUAUGGAAAACAAAUUCAUGCAAGUGCUAUACGAACAGGAGAAGUGUCUUCAGUUUCUGUGGGCAAUGCUCUAAUUACCAUGUAUUCCAAAGCUGGAAGCAUCAGUGGUGCAAAGCAAGUUUUCAAUCUGAUUGACCGGAAUAGAGAUACUGUUUCUUGGAGUUCCAUGAUUAUAGCCCUGGCUCAACAUGGUCUUGGGGAAGAAUCCAUUGAACUAUUUGAGAAGAUGCUGUCACUUGGUAUUAGGCCCGACCAUGUAACUUAUGUUGGGGUGCUCUCUGCUUGUACACAUGUGGGGUUGGUCGACCAGGGCAGGAGCUACUAUAAUUUGAUGAGGAGCGUACACAAGAUUGAACCCACCCAUAGCCAUUAUGCAUGUAUGGUUGAUCUGCUUGGGCGUGCUGGGUUACUUCAAGAAGCAUACGACGUGAUACAAAAUAUGCCAAUUGAACCUGAUGUAAUAGCUUGGGGUUCACUUUUAUCUGCUUGUAAGCUUCAUAAAAAUGUGGAUUUGGCUAAAGUUGCAGCAGACAAAUUGCUCCUUAUUGAACCAGACAACAGUGGGGCCUAUUCAGCCCUUGCUAAUUUGUAUUCAGCUUGUGGAAGGUGGGCAGAUGCUGCAGAAGUAAGAAAGCUAAUGAAGAAUAGGAGAGUGAAGAAGGGCCAAGGAUUUAGUUGGCUUGAGUAUCAGAACAAAGUCCAUGUGUUUGGGGUUGACGAUGGAGUUCAUCCACAGAGAGAUGGAAUCUACAAGAUGAUGGAGAAAAUCUGGAAAGAGAUUAAAAAUAUCGGUUUUGUCCCUGAUACUGAGUCAGUAUUGCACGACGUUGCAGAAGAAUUGAAGGAGAAGAUGCUUAUGCAUCACAGUGAGAAACUUGCAAUUGCAUUUGGGCUAAUAAAUACUCCAGAGAGCAGUACGCUGAGGAUUAUGAAGAACCUCAGAGUUUGUAAUGAUUGUCACUCUGCCAUUAAAUUUAUAUCCAAGCUUGUGGGAAGAGAAAUCAUUCUGAGAGACGCUACUCGUUUUCACCAUUUUAAGAAUGGGACUUGUUCUUGUCGGGACUAUUGGUAGGCAUAAGGAUGAAGAUUUAAAGAUGGUUUAAUGUUCAAGUGUACAAAGAUUGUUGUAUGUAGAGGUUGAUACUCCACAAAAGCAGCAGUUGAUGUGCUGGCUGGCUAGUUAGUUUCAUACGGCUCCAGGAAGCUGCUAAUAUGGUCAGUUUACAUUUGAAGGUAACUCUUCUUGGCAAUCAUGUCCUUGCUCUCUGAUUGCUGCUAUACGAGAUAGUUGGUCUUUGAGACAUUUAAUUCCCAAGGAUUGAAGCAUGGUUUUGGGUGUUGAUAACACGGAGCAAAACCAAACUUUGUGCAGGUUUGAUAUGCAUUGUGGACCCAUUUACUGUUGACUUAAAUUAUUGGGGUCCAUUGGUAAUCCAACAUGGUCAGUUUGAAUUUCAAUUCUUAGCAUUUCUCAACGAAUCUGACUUCGACACAUGCCUUACUUCUGGUAGAUUUGAGCAGUUACUUUUCAAUACGAUCUUGGAAUUAUUAUUUGGGAGCAGAACGAUUUUGCUCACAUAUGGUUUUCCUUUUUCAUUCUUUCUUCAUUUUGAUGUUAUAUAGAUAGUUUUGUUUGUUAUUUAAAGACUGAAAUUCAAUUUGUUUAUCCAUGAAGGUUGUCACCAUAACGCAGCUGGGCUGAACCUUAAGAAAUAAGGACUCUUUCAUAAUUGUUUGGUUCUGAUGCUUUUGUGUUCUCUUUUUGGCUUCUUUCUUUAUAGUGCGUUUUGAAUUCUGCUGCUUUUGUUGCUUUGCUCUCUCAUUGUGUUUUUGCAAACUAAUACAUACUUUAAUGUACACUGGUUGCAUUGAUUUAUUGUCAUUAUAGACUGCACCUAGGUUAGUCCUCCCUCACCUGAAAUUAAGCCGACCCAUAGACUGCUACUGCUCGAGUACAAAGUGACUGUUGGAAGGUCUAAAAUUAGAGAAACAGCUCCAUAUUUGUGUUCAUAUCCGAAUGGUGUUGCAUAUUAUAUCUUGGUAAUUAUCAAUAUCACUUGCAUCUAUUGCGCCCACUGCUGGCAAUAGAGUGAUUUUAACUGUUGCAAUUUGUUUUCCAGGUGGAAUGCUUACAAAGUGGCAAAGAAGUAAAACUAUUUGAGAAUAUGGAAGUCUAGGCACAUUUCACCAACCUCUGAUAAUGAUCUUAAGAGAGCAGCUCUUAUGAAUCAAGCCUCACUAGCCAAGUCUGUGUGGAUGGGUAAACGCUUGAAGUGCAGAGAUCUUAUGUCUGCCAAGGAUCUGAAAGUUGUUAUUUCUCUUCAACGUGGUGGGGGAUAUUCUAUGAUGCUCACAUUCUUCUUAAUGGUCUGAAAUGGAGAGUUGGGAUUGACAGUUAUAUUUCCGGAAUGAUUCUGGGACUGGUUGUGCUCCUCUAGCCACUUGGAUUUCUCAGAUCAACUUAGUGUGACUGUUCACUAUUACUGAUCAGAGUUGGAGUGUUGCUAGAUUCAUGGAUUUCCUCUUCUCGAGGUUAUUCUGAAAAUUCGUAGCAAUCACACUUGUUACUAAGGAUUAUCCUCAAAGGGAAAGUUUUCUUUUAAAUCUGCUUAUCCUUAUCUCACUUUCCUUAUGCGGUUGGGGCAUCUAACUGGAAUUUCUGGAAGGUUCAUAUUGUCUCAAGGUUAAAAUUCAUUUCUGUACUUUCAUAGAAAGCUGCUCACUAGUUGGUGAAGAGUCAAUAAAAAGUUAACUAUGACCCUAUCUGUCUUAGAUGCUCGUGUAGUAUUGAAUUUCUGAGGGUUUGGAUUAUGUGUUCACAGAUUCUCUUGCCGCUAGUAUUGCACUGGAUUAUGCUAAUAUGAAAGUGAAGUCUCCAGAACUAUAAGAAACUCCUUGGUAUGUGACUCUUGACAUGCUCUUUGCUUUAUUUGCGAAUGGAGGUGUAGAGGGAUGUCUGAUGAUGAUUUUAAGCUUUGGACGAAUUUUUUGUCAGGUAUAUAGAAGAAGAUGAAUGCCAUGUGAGUUGUUCUUGCACUUUCCAGGUGUCUGUAUGAUUGUUCUUUGUUCUAGUUGGAUUUUCAGAUAUUGUAUUGUACAGUCAUCGUAUUUCCCCUAAUAUAACACUUUUUCUGUUGUUAGGCCAA